AUAAGGACAAGCAUUUAUAAUGGACUAAUAUAAUUCAAAGCAGCUCACAAGCGUUCAGACGCUGUCAUUGUUUGCUCUGGCUCUAAAACUUUAAGAUUAUUUAGACAAGUCUGUGAUACAGAAAGUUUACAUAAUAUAUUUUCAACAUUUGAAAAUAGAUAUUAAAAGUGUGAGAUUAGUAAAGUCCAUAUUUUGGUUAUUUCUUCAUACUUUAUAUUUUCAGCCUGUGCAAAACAACAAAUGCUAAAAUGCCAUGAGUUUAUCCCAGAAUAUCUCGAUUGUUCAUCCAGAACACUUUUUCAUCACUGGGCUUACAGAUUCACCGUACAGCACUUAUUUCUAUAUAUUCUUAUUUAUCAUAUAUUUUAUUUCUAUAAUUGGGAACUCAAUAGUCAUUCUCAUUAUAGCUCUUCACCGGAGCCUGCACAGUCCAAUGUACAUUGGUGUGUUUAACUUGGCCUUGGCAGAUAUUGGUGAAACUAAUGCACUGAUCCCUAACAUAAUGAAGAUUUUUUUUUUUGACUCACAGUACAUCUCAUAUAAUGCUUGUUUGGCAAGCAUGUUUUUUGUGAACUUCUUUAUUACUGUGCAGACUUACACUCUUGUUGUUCUGGCAUUUGAUCGUUUCAUUGCAAUCUGUUUGCCACUAAGAUAUAAUGCCAUAGUGAAUAAUAAGUUCAUGGCUAUAGUGUUUUCAGUAAUAUGGGCAUUUAACACCUUUAUGAACACAAUUUCAACAUCUCUGAUAACCAGACUUUCAUUCUGUAAAUCCAACGUGUUAGAGAGUUGGUAUUGUGACUAUGGAAGAUUGAUGAGGAUACCAUGCAAUGACAGUAGCAUUAAUAUGUUUAUGGCAUAUGUCAUUCAAGCUUUUUUCCUUGUAGCACCACCGUUCAUUAUAGUCCUGUCAUAUCUGGGCAUUUUUAUUGCUUUAUGUAAAAUUACAUCUUGGGAAGGACGUUUUAAAGCACUGAAGACCUGUGUUUCUCACCUUUUGGUAGUUGGAUCAUUCUUUCUUCCCAUAAUAUGCAAUAUGAUUGCUGCACCUUCUAUCAAUGCCAGGAUCAUCAGCGGAUCUCUUUCAUUUGCUCUUCCACCAAUGCUAAAUCCCAUCAUUUAUGUUUUAAACACAGCUAAAAUCAAAGACUUAAUCCGAAAAGUGUUUAACAACAGAUCUGCACCAAUUAGAGCAAACAUUUCAAAAUGACUGUAAUGAUCGUCUUUGUGUUCUUCAAUCACUAUGGACUAAAUUAUCUAAAAUUACAACUAUAUGUACUUCUUAAAUAUUUUUAGAUCCAUAAUGUGAAAAUAAAAGUGUACAAGCAGAAAAUAAAUUCAGUGUGCUUGAUGUAGAGUGGACACAUUAGAUGUGCGUGUUGGUUAUCAGCAGUGAAAUGUAUUUUUUUAUUUAUGAAUGAAUCCAUCUGAUUUCAAGUGUUUGUCGUGUAUGUGUUUGUUCUUAGUUACUGACCCCAAGACAAAACAAAUUGAAAAGGCAAAAUAUUUAAGCAAGCAAUUUGAAUUAUUUUAUUGUUAAAAUUUCUGUCAGGAAUAACAAUAAUACCAAAGUGCAGGUUUGAUAAAGAUAAUGUUUUAAUAACAGUUAAUGAAUACAAUGAACAACAGCAAAAACAUGGCAAAGAUGAUGGUAAUAAAAACAGAAGAGGCAGAUGUGGACAGCAAUGCUUCAAUGUUCAGUAUAUACUAUAAUCAUUAAAGAAACAGGCUUGCAUGUAAAAACUGUUGCCGGGAGAAGGAAAGUGAAGGAAUAAAGCAGACACCCGUGGCACAAUAAGGAGACUUUUUUUUUUUUUUUUUUUUUGCAAAUAUGUCAAGUUAUGGGUAACAUCUUAAUAAUACAGUGAUAAAGUACUUACAAGUCAUUUGCAAACUAUUUAUAGUUAAUUUAUAGUAGUCUAUUCAUGGUAAUAUAUUAAUAGGCUGUAUACUAGUUCUUAACCCUUGUGCUGUGUUGAAAACCAAAGGUUAAGGCUCAAAGAAACACUACAGAAAAACUAACAUUAAAUAAUAAAAGCAGAAACAAAUAGCAAUAACAAUAACAGUGUCUCUGAAAUGGUCAGUAAUAUCAGUGUGUAAUGAAGGCUGCAUGGCUGAAUAAAGUGUUGAAGUGUAAAUGUGAAAAUAAUUAAAAAUACAAA